AUGCGGAUGGACAUUCGCGAUGUGAAACUGGAGCAUACCGAAGGUGUUCCGAUGAAAAAUUCUUGCGAAAGACAAUUGGCCUCCGUGAUAGUUGGAUCGAGGAUCGACGAGUGGUGGGCGAGAGAUGAUAGUCAGGGCAACUUCACCUUGGAGUUGUUCGUUGCUGCCCUGGUUUUGGCUGCGGCCAGCAGUGCUUACGGAGGAUACAUAAGCAGCGGCUGGUCAAGCGGCGGCGGCGGCGGAGGUAGCGGGUGGAACUACGGCGGGGGUGGAGGCGGUGGCUGGUCCGGCGGAGGCGGUGGCUGGUCCGGUGGCGGUGGUGGCUGGUCCGGUGGCGGCGGCGGUGGAAAGAUCAUCAAGAUCAUAAAAGUCAGCGGAGGAGGCUGGCCCAGUAGCGGUUGGAGUUCCGGCGGUGGAGGCGGUGGCUGGAAGUCGGGAGGCGGUGGUGGCUGGUCCGGCGGCGGUGGAGGCGGCUGGCCCAGCAGCGGGUGGAGCUCAGGCGGCGGGGGUGGCUGGCCCAGCGGCGGAGGAGGUGGAUGGAAGUCGGGAGGUGGUGGUGGCUGGUCCGGCGGAGGUGGAAGCGGAUGGUCGAGCGGCGGUGGUGGCUGGAAGAGCGGAGGCGGUGGCGGCUGGUGGUAAACAUCCAGUGAGAAAAUUUCAUCGAUAAUUCCCUCGUGUCCGAUGUGUAAUUAUGUACUAUCGAUCGGAAGGAGUAUAACGAAGAGGGAUUCAAUCAUCCAAACGACGACGCCUCCUCGCAAAAAGAAGAAAGAAGAAGAAAAAGAAAAAUUAAAAAAAAAAAAAAAAAAACACCAAGAAAACAGCUGUGAUUACUUUGUAUGUUAAAAGGGAUGGAAAAUUCUUUGAUUUUUUUUGUAGUUUUUCCAUUUAGUAUUCGUCGAAACUUUUUCUUACGUAUCAAUUAAGGCAGGUAUUUCUUUUGAUUUAUUCUGAUAAAUUUUUUUCUUUUUUAUUAUUUUCUUUUCCUUCCUUUUUUUCCACACGCACGUGUACUCGGUAACCUAUGCGAGUUUCAAUUUAAAACUUUGCAAGCACACCGAUGCACACACACAUACACACACGCACGCACCAAUGUACAUUCUUGUAAUAAAGUUUUGUAAAAAUCUCUUCUUAUAAAUUAUA